GACGAUUUGAUACGAGAUCAAUUUGACGAGGAGUUCUGGAUUAAGGUCCAUGAGAAGCAAAACAAAGGACUGUCAUGGAACAGAGCUAUGGACGAAGUUCAUGUGGAAAGAUUGAUUCAGAAAUACAAGGAUGGUGGGAAAUUGGAUAGCGAGGAUCCAGCUCUUUUAAUGUUAAAACAGUGGCCAGGAUCUGAAAAGUGCAAAGAUGAUUCCGACAAACUUCGUGCACUUGAACAACAGAUAAAUCGGAUUUUGGAGAUUCUAUUAGAAAGUGAAAUAAACACAGGGAACAGAUACGAGUCGUUCCGAGACGAAGAUGACGAAACAAAUAAAACACUAAUGCACUAUGCAGCAGAGCAUGGCUUUUUGCAUGUCACCAAAACGCUUUUCAGGAAAUGUCCAGAGCUACUUGUUGUGAAGACAGAAGAGCAACUCAAACCUGUCGAAAAGAGAGCCAUGUUACCUGUGGAAUUAGCAAUAGUAACAGAGAAUGAUGAUGUGGCUGCAUUUUUGGUUAGAGUUAUGUGGCAUGAGAGAGUCCAAGGCUUAUUUUCGUGGACACAAGGUGACAUAACCAAUCCUCAACCAUCCUCUUUCAGUUUCAAGGCAAUUAUCGAGAAUCCUAAAAUGAGGAAAACAAUAGUGGCUGUAUUAGACCAGAUGGUUGAUCCUCAUUGGCCAUAUCUUCCAAAACGUCAAGAAAACUAUGAAACUGAAGAAGAGAGAGAGGCAAUUGAGGGAGUCUGGAAUACAAUCUCUGGUGAUCCAUUAAACUAUCAUUUUUAUUAUCAUAUUUUGGAUGGAGAUGAGGGAGGACGGCCCCCAAAGAUUAUGGCCUCAGAUGGACACAAGGAGAUGGAAAACAAAUAUUUUAACUUGAAUGACAAGUCUUGUUUACAUGCCAUUGCAAAGAGCAACAACAAAGAAGCUUUGCAACAUCCUGUUGUCAGAAUGUUGAUUAAAACAAAAUGGAAAAGUUAUGGACACUUUUUCCUCAGCCUCCAAGUGGCAUUGUUUUGCAUCUUUUUGCUGUGUAUGUCAUAUUCUCUGCUGCAUGCCUCUACCAAACUGGACCCCACCCAUUACAGUGGUGCACUGGACUCACUGCGUGGAUUUUGUGAGGUUGUCACUCUACUCAUGGUCGUGUUUUACAUCUGUGAGGAAGUCAAUCAGAUAAGAAUAGAGGGGCGUUGUUAUUUCACAGAGUGGAUGACCUUGUUUGACUGGUUAGGCCUACUGUUGAUAUUGUGUAUAGUACCGUUACGAUACAUGGAUCAUAAAGCACAGUGGAUGGUGACAUCUUUAGCCUUCUUGUUCAACUUCCUGAGGAUAUUUAAAUUUUCAUGUGUGUCAAGGACUACAGGAUUAUACACACAAACCUUGGCCAAGAUCAUUUUACAUGAUGUAACAAGAUCCAUGGCAGUUUUUAUUGUGAUCUUUUUCUCCUUCUGUGGUGCUUUGACUUUAUCCCUCUGUUACUCCGGAUCCAGUGAAAACCAAGAACUUCGGUACAUCUCUUUUUACUCAAUCUCCUUAACAAAGCUAUAA